AUAGGUCAACAUAUCAUCAAACAACUAGUGAUGGGAGACACCAUCCCCAUGUUGGAUAUUGUGCAGAGACAUCAUGAUGUCCCAUUUUAUUCAGGGAAAAUGUCAAAGACAAAUGGGACAUGUUGGAUAUAUCGAAGGAAUUGGGCAUUGCAUAUGUCAUAUGGACAGUUUUACUGCACCAUCAUCAAUGCAGCUGAUGUCUGCGGGCUUGUCUACACAAGUUCUGCAGGUGUCAUAUUUAUUGGCACUGACAUCAUGAAUGUCAACAAGCAAGUACCCUUUCCAGAGAAGUCAUUCAAUGCACAUAAUGAUGCCCAGGAGAUGUUCAGACCUGGAGACCAUCAAGUGGAGGGUGGCUCAUAUCGAGUGUGUUGCCACAGCCAAACCCAUGUCCAGACUGGUGACAACAAUAAUCUGUUCAAUUGUACAUUCAUUGAGAACAUCAUGCAUGCACACAGACUCACAGGGAACAAGCUCAUUCCUCCUCCCUCUUACUCUUCCACCACACCAAGUGAACUCAGGCUAGACCCUGAGAGCACAACAGCAAAGCUCAACAAAUCUCUACACUGCACUCUCCCUCUCAUAUGUGCCACAACUGAAUAUCACUGCAGGUUGCACAGCUCCACAUGCACACUCAGCCCCUAUGUCACAUCCAUGCCCAACACUGAAUCCAUCCUAUCCACAUUCAGCACCCCAUUCAACUCACAUGAACUCGAGUGCCUCACUGUCCAUUCUCGAGUCCAAGGACAAGUGCUCUUCAUCACAAAUGGAGAGCAAGUUCAUUGCUGGGACUUUACAGGAGUACAUGACAAGUACAAAUGA